AUGGUUCACGUGUCGUACGUCGCCGCUACACUCGUAGUCGUGACUGCUUCUAACGCAAAUGCGAUUUCUUUCGAAGACGCUUCUGUGAUCGACAGCAAGAUUAUCACGCAGUCUGCAUCUAUGAUGACCGCAACCGACUGGAAGAUCAGCUCACUCAAAUACCCGACCAUCACCGGCCAUCGCGGUGCACCGGGGUAUCUGCCAGACCACACAAUCGAGGGAUAUACGCUCGCAAUUGAAGUCGGCAUCGACAUUAUUGAGCCCGAUCUCGUCAGAACCAAGGACGGCGUGCUCGUCGUGCGCCACGAACCCUAUAUCAGCGGCACCACCAACAUUGCCGAACACCCUGAGUUUGCCGACCGUCUCACUACCAAGACACUGGACGGAGUCCCUGUCCUCGAUUACUUUGUCAGCGACUUUACGCUCAAAGAGCUUAAGACGCUGCGUGCCGUACAGCCGCUGCCCGAGCGCGACCAGAGUCACAACGGACUCUACCAGAUCCCAACAUUUGAGGAGGUCAUCCAACUGGCCCAGAACAAAUCUGUCGAAUAUAAUCGCACUAUCGCCAUUUACCCGGAAGUCAAGCACUCGAGUUUCCAUAAGGCGCUUGGAGUACCCAUUGAGAAAGCUAUGCUUAAGCUAUUGACUCAGUACGGAUGGAACCAUGCUGACGCUCCGGUCUUUAUCCAGUCCUUUGAAACCGAGACCUUGCGUGAGCUCAACGCAGUCACCGACGUCACGCUGGUGCAGCUCAUCGAUGGCUUCGACAACGACCCGAUCACAGGUGAUGUCACCUUCAGUGUGCUAUCUGACCGACCAUACGACUGGGUGCUGGCCAACCGCACUGACAACUACAAUUAUCUAGUGUCGCCGGCCGGUCUAGCCGAGAUAGCCACGUAUGCUGACAUUAUAUCUCCGUGGAAGCGAUACCUGCUCAAGGUCGUCGCCGCUAAAGUUGACGACAGUGGUGACAUUGUAGACUCAAAUGGCGACGGCCGGAUUACGGAUGCCGACUACAAUAUCAUCGAAUGUCCGCACAUCAUCAAAGACGCCCACGCCGUCGGCCUAAACGUGCACACAUGGACGAUGCGUGACGAGAACUACCGUUUGGCAGCAAGUUACUCUGGCAAGGCGAUGCUCGAGUACUUACAGCUCUUCGACAUGGGAGUUGACGGCGUGUUCAGCGACAACUGCAAGACGGCAGUAACUGCCCGGGAUACAUGGCUAGCCCAGCAGUAG